AUGCUCGCUCUCUGGCAAUUGCAAAUAGCCCGAUGCAUCGGAGCUUUGAGCCAUCAUUCUUGGCGGUCUUGGCGAUCCUGCUGGUUGGCAGCCUCUGGCAGCUGCAUGAUCUGUGGCCAAAAUCGUCCGCUCCUUGUUUUUUGCUUGGUCCUCUCCCGCAACAACGGGUCCUGCGGCAUCUGGCGGCAUCCUGAUGCAUCAUGGAUUGCGGUAUGCACCGGAGUUGCCGGCGAUGGCCGCGCAUCAAAGCUGCUGAGCCUACGUGAAAGCAGGGACCCGGCGUCGCUGCACCAACAUCCUUGCAACUUGUCGUGUUACCGUUGGCGCGGGGCACCAUGCUGGGUUGUUGCGCCAGGCGACAAGUUGUGCAAGGCGACAAGGAUGCGUGCAGAAAUCAGCGGAAACUGGGGCAUCGCUGGCCAGAGGGCAUGCUCCUUUUCUGCAUGCACGGAACAUGCUAGUCUCUCAGCACGACCCAACUACUCCGAGACAUGCCACACUAUGCAAGCACAUACAGACGAACCUAUUACAGAGAAGCCGUAUGCGGACGUUUGCAUGUCGUACAUGUCAGCUCCAAACGAGGUCGGUGUGAAGACAUGCCAUUCGAUCACGGAUUGCAAGGGACUUGCGUCGCCUGUGGUGCUCAAGCAAAGUGAUGCUUAA